UCCAAGUGAGGACGUGAUUUUCGGUGACCGCGUCGCUGCAUCGCGGACAGCGGCGGAGCUUUCACUGCGGCGGAGCUUUCACUGCGGCCGGUUAGCGCGUCACGUCGUCGCUGCGCAGCUGAGAAACAAACAGCGGAGAGUUUACGAAGCUAUGGCGCAGAGAAAGAACCCCCGAAACCACCACAAGAAAGAGGGGAAGACGGUGCCGGUGGAGAGCAAAAAUGGAAAGAGGACAGAGGGAGGAGAAGGAGGAGGAGGAGGCGGCCCAAAGUACUCCAUGUUCACCUGGGUUGUGGUCCUGGCUCUUCUGGGAGUCUGGAGCUCCGUGGCCGUGGUCUAUUUCGACAUUGUGGACUACGACACCGUCAUCGCCAGAGCUCAGGAGUUCCGUAUGAACUUUUCUGAAGUUUUACAAGGUAAACUGACGGCCUACGACACGGACGGAGACGGAGACUUUGAUGUGGAGGACGCCAAAGUUCUGCUCGGACUGAAAGAAGGAAAAAAGCUGCAUGUAGGAGACACACCUGAGGAGAAAGCAGCUUUAAGACCUGAAGAAGCCAUCGAGCCUGCAGCAGAAACAGCCAAUCAGCACGCAGAGCCAGCAGAGGCCACACCCUCCGAGACGCCGCCCGGGGAGACUGCAUCAGCUUCUGGAUCUCAGGAUGUGGAGUCUGAAAUCCAAGCUGCUGUGCCCCUCCCUCCACCAGUGGAAGACAGCUUUGUACCAGACGAUCCUCGAGAGAGCGCGAGUCCUGAUGGCGAUGACGCCGACUCGAUCGACACCACUGGAGUUCUGCUGGAGGAGCGUCAGAACGAGGAGAGCGUGGUGGAGUCUGGAGAAAACCUGACGAGCUCCAAACUCACACAGGAAGCAGAGGCGGUGGUAGAAGCAGAGAACCAGCCUGAACCAUCAUCAGCAGAAACUCCAACAGAAACGGAGGCUGAGGGAAUGGUGGAGAAGCAGGCCGAGGAGAAGCUCAAAGAAAAAGCAAAGAAGAAAAAACCAAAAUUACUGAACAAGUUUGAUAAAACCAUCAAAGCAGAAAUCGAUGCUGCAGAGAAGCUUCGCAAGAAGGGGAAGGUGGAGGAGGCGCUGAAGGCGUUUGAGAGUCUGGUGCAGCAGUACCCGCAGAGCCCCCGCGCCCGCUACGGGAAAGCACAGGCGGAGGAUGACAUGGCCGAGAAGCUGCGCAGUAACGACAUGCUGCAGAGAGCCAUCAACACCUACAGAGAGGCCGCUGAGCUUCCUGACGCGACCUCCGACCUCCUGAGAACAACGCUGAAGAGGCGAGCUGAGAGGCAGCAGUUCCUGGGUCGGAUGAGAGGUUCUCUGGCAACUCUGGAAAGGCUGGUUCAGAUCUUUCCCGAAGACAUCAGUCUGAAGAAUGACCUGGGUGUUGCCCAUCUGUUGCUAGGCGACAACAAGGGGGCCAAGAAGAUCUACGAAGAGGUUCUGGCAGUCGUGCCCAGUGACGGCUUCGCUAAAGUUCACUACGGCUUCAUCCUGAAGUCGGAAAAUAAGAUCGCAGAGAGCAUACCAUACCUGAGGGAGGGUUUGGAGUCAGGUGAGCCGGGAACAGACGACGGGCGCUUUUAUUUCCACCUGGGAGACGCUCUGCAGAGGGUCGGAGACAACAGCGCGUACCACUGGUAUGAACUGGGUCACAAACGCGGCCACUUUGCAUCAGUGUGGCAGCGCUCGCUCUACAACGUGGACGGCCUGAAGGCUCAGCCCUGGUGGACGGCCAAAGAGACUGGAUACACGGACCUGGUGAAGAUGUUGGAGAGGAACUGGAGGACCAUCAGGGAUGAGGCUCUGGCCGUAAUGGACCAAAACACCGGACACUUCGUACCUGAGGAGGAAAACCUCAGGGAGAAAGGAGUCUGGGGCCAGUAUACGCUUUGGCAACAAGGGAGAAAAGUUGGAAACGCCUGUCAGGGCGUCCUGAAAACCUGCUCGCUGCUGGAGAGAUUCCCUGAAGCUACAGGCUGCAAGCGAGGACAGAUUAAGUUCUCCGUGAUGCAGCCCGGCACUCACGUGUGGCCUCACACCGGACCGACCAACUGCCGGCUGAGGAUGCACCUCGGCCUCGUCAUCCCCAAACACGGCUGCAAGAUCCGCUGCACCAACGACACCCGGGAGUGGGAGGAGGGUAAAGUCCUCAUCUUCGACGACUCCUUCGAGCACGAGGUCUGGCAGGAAGCCGACAGUUACCGCCUCAUCUUCAUCGUGGACGUGUGGCACCCGGAGCUCACGCAGUACCAGCGGCAGACUCUGAGCCCGAUUUAGACCCGAUACAGGCGGGCGGCGAAUCACGGGAGAGGACUUUUUCUUCUUCUGUGGUUGAAAGAGCUGCGAACAGCCUGAGUCCGAGCGGACGGGCUGACGUGUGAUUUUGCUCGUGUGUGGAUAAACUACUAAAAGGCUGUCGAAGGAUCAGACAUCAGCCUGAAGGAUUUCGGGGUCGUACUACUGACUGGCAUCAAACUGAACUCAUGCGGUACUCGUUACAGCCGAAUGUUUCGCCUUCAGACUGAAACAGAGUUUUCUGUGUUUUGGAGGUAAAUGAAAGUUAAAACACUAAAACAUCCGUCGGGUGGAUGAAAGCAGCGCAGCAACAGCGAGAAACCAGAAGCCUGAGCUUCAGCUCGACCGCGGUGCAGUUUUCAUCCAGGCGGGUUUUCAUUUCUCUUUCAUCACUUUUGCACAAUAACAAGGUCACGCGGGGUCAGAAAAGAUGAUUUAUAUUUGUAUUAAAAUAAAAAAGAAAGAGGUGUCUCCUAGUGUUUCUUCUGAUGAUGAUGAUGAUGUGUCUAACGCAGCCCGUGGUGGAAGUGGGACGAGCCGCGCUCACACCGUUUCCUCGCGGUUCUGCUGUGGUUGAUGAUCUGGCCUCACAUGUGCGUCUCGCUCUCUUUCACGCACACACAUGUGGGUCUGUGCUCAGCAGAGUUCAUGAUUUCCUGAACACUUUACUCAUUUAACGAGGUGAUUUUUACAGUUUACGUUAAUGUCAAAGGUCAUCUUCUGAAGCUGAACUCUGCUCCGUGGAGGGCGGAGCCCAGAGGAAGAGGAUCCCUGAGGUCAGUUUCACAGCAGUGAUGCUGCGACCUCUGUGACGAACGGUUUACUGCGUUAUGUUUGCCGGGUCAUCAUCAGCGGUUACUGUGGACGUGAUCGAUUUUGUGGUGAACUUUUCACAAUAAAAUUUCACGCUGCCAUAAAAACGUCCAAAAA